ACACACACACACACACACACACACACACACACACACACACACACACCCUCACCAAGGAAAUGACACAUUUUUUAAGCAAAUUGUUCUGAGGCAAAGCUCUGACCGCGGAUGUCCAUUAGACAUCCAUUACGCACCAAGUGGCAGAUGAAAGGCUGACAUGUGAUUGAUCARUACAGCUCGUUGUCAGUAAUAAUCUGGGCGAGGUCAAAAACACACGGCUGUUUAUUCUUCAGUCUCACUCAGGAGCUCAGCAAGGACGGAGGAGCUGCUACUGAUGGAGGUAAGAACUGCUGACAUCUUCAGAAAAUUCUUGAUUUUACUUUAAACGCAGCCUGACACGUUUGUAAUGGCAGGAAAACAGUGCAUUUAAUGUUUAAAUAUUGAAAAAAAAUGUUUUUGUGUAAGAUGGGAAUGAGUUUUUAUUGUUUGCUGCAGGCCUCAAAGGAAGCGAUGUCUGACUUGGAGAGUGGUAUGGCCACUAUUGUUAAGGUUUUCCAUAAAUACUCUGGUCAUAAGUGUAAACUGAGGAAAGCAGAGCUUAAAGAGCUCAUCAACAAUGAGAUGAAUCAUUUCAUCAUGAAAAUCCAUGAGAAUGAGAUUCUGGAUCAGCUGUUUUCUGACCUCGACCAGAACGGAGAUCUGGAGAUCGACUUCCAGGAGUUCGUCACCCUGAUCGCCAUGGUCACCUCGGCGUGCCAUGAGUUCUUCUCCCCGAGCCACCACGAUAAUUAAUCAGCUGCAUGUUUAAAAUGUGAGGAAGACAGAAACAGCUUGCUUUUGGUUGAUCUUUUCGGCUGUGUGAGGGAUUUUUGUGAGAACUGAACCUUGAUGGGUCGCUGAAUCAACUUAUUCAUUCAUUUAAUCAUUUUCCAUGGCUCCCCUUCAUCAGGUUGGAGGGCCACAGCCUGUCCCAUUUACUGAAUAAAAUAAAUGUUCAGGGUUCCUAAAGCGUGGUACAAAAGUUUUUUUGGUACACAAAGAAGAAACUUUGAUAUAAUCCCAUGCAUAAAAUCAGCUGAAAUAUUAUUGUUUAAGAUAAACUGAGUAACGUUUUAAAGUUUUGCUGGAACAUUUUAUUUAUGCUGUUAGCAUGUAGUUGUGUGCUUUAUGUACUUGUACUGUAGGUGUGUAUAGUUUAAGUAGUGUGUAUGUAUAUUCAGAAAUUUUAUAGGAACUUUUUUUUUAUCAGCCAUGAUGGCUGUACCUGAGAAACUCGACAACAGCAACCUGCAACUUGUGCUACAACAUCUGUGCUGACGUAUAAUUUACAUUUUGAAUGCCCAAAAUAGAAUUAAAAAAUGACUAAAAUACACAAAGUGUUGUGGAAGCAUUAUGUGAAGUGUGCCUCUCUGUUUAAGCUGGUUCUUUAAUGCAGUUUACAAAUUCAAGUCAGAGACUUCAGGGUUUUCUGAGAAUUUUUGAAGUGGUCUGUUGAAUUGUUUUCAACAGACCACUAUGUCUUCUGCUAAAGUAAUCUAUUUUUCUAACCUCAUUACAACCAUUAGGCACAAUUCUAAAGUUCUAAUUAACACUGUGUCACAACUCACUGAGGGCAAAUUAACCACGUGUAAUUCUUGUUUAACAGCUCAUGAUUUUCUGAUGUUCGUUCCUGAUCGAGCUGAUACACUGAGAAGUCAGAUGACUCACUCCACAAGUGGUUCAUCUGACUGUCUUGUUGCUCCACCUGCUGUUAUCGCCCAAGGGUUUUCUCAUUUUGAGCCUAUUUCUCUGUCAAGUUUAACUAAGGUUGUCAACACAGCUUGAUGCACAACCUGUCCUUUAGAUCUUUACCUGCUUGGGCUAUUAAGGACUUAGGUCUUAGGACCUUCCAUUUUGGUUUUACUAAAUACUUCUUUGACUACUGGAGUUUUCCCUGCUUGUUUUAAAUCAGCUAUGGUAGUAUCCAUCUUAAAGAAGCCUGGGCUGGAUAUUGACUCUGUUGCUAAUUAUAGACCCAUAUUUCAACUAUCUUUGGUCCUUGAAAAGGUUGUCUCCCAGCAGCUAAUUAGUUAUCUGUCUGCUAAUAAUUUGUUUGAGUCAUCAGUCUGCUUUUAGAUCUAACCACUCAACUGAAACUGCUUUAACUAAAGUGGUCAAUGAUCUACUGAUAAAUGCUGACAAUAACUGUCCCUCAGCAGCACUAUUGUUGUUAGACCAAAGUGCUGUGUUUGACACUGUGGGUCACUGUAUUUUAUUGGAUAGACUUGAACACUUUACUGGAAUCACGGGAAAAGUACUUUCAUGACUGAAAUCGAAUUUGUCUGGGAGAUCUCUGACUGUUACUUUCAAUAAUGAGCUGUCUGCGACCGGCGCUGUGAAGCACGGGGUUCCUCAAGGUUCUGUGCUCGGCUCCCUGCUCUUCUCACUUUAUCUUUUGCCUAUUGGUCUUCUCCUGCAUUCAUUUAAAGUAACUUUUCACUGUUAUGCUGACGAUCUACAGAUGCCCUUCUCUGUUGGAAACUGUGUCAACUUGAUUAAGCUGGAGGCCUGUUUAUCAGCAAUUAGGGGUUGGCUAUCUAACAAUUUUCUGCUUCUCAAUAUUGACAAGACUGAUUUAAUGGUUAUUGGACCUCAGAAGUCACAUGGCUUGUCCCAGGUUUUUACACUGAAAAUUGACAAUCAGGUCAUCAACUGUCGGGAAAACGUCAGAAACCUGGGUGUGUGGUUCGAUCCUGUGCUUUCUUUUGAGUUUCACUUAAAGGAAGUUACAAGAUCUGCCUUUUAUCAUCUUAGGAACAUCGCCAAAAUCCGACACUUUCUUUUAUUUUAGUAAUUAUGCUACAAUCUGGCUCAUUUACAGUCUAUACAGAAGUAUAAGAAUGUUCAUUAAUGUGCACUGUCCUGAUUAAAUAAAUAAACAAAUAAUAUUUGAUAA